CUGUCUCAGGCAAGCAUGAAGUCAGUUGCUGUAACUUUGUGUGUCCUCUACUUUCAGUUUGAAGCCCUGUACGGAGUUGCUGGCUGCUCAGCGAAACCAUGCAAAAAUAUAGAUCAGCCUUAUGUCUCUGAUCCCCAGAUGACAAUGACAUUUGAAAAUGGAAACUUCAGGUUCACAUUCCCCAACCCCCAAAAUGUGAGUGAGUUCAGCAUGACCCUCCUCAAAGGAGAUAAAAAGAAGGAGAUCUGUGCACUCCAUUUUAAUCAGGGGAAAUUUAUCCCUGAGAGUAAUGUCACCUACUGCCAAACAGAGCAUUCAAAUAGCAGCACCACUUUUAUUCUUAAAAAUCUGGAAAGAAAGCAUAUUGACAUUUAUACCUACUGCCUGGAGAAGCUCUUCCCCCCUCCUUACAUAGACUGCCAGCUGAAAGAAACUUAUUUCUAUAUCCAAGAUGACUGCAUUUCCCUGGGACUUAUGUCAUGGAUAAUUAUUGGCCUGAUCAUGUUUGCUAUGAUUUCCUGUGUCUGCUGUGUUGUGGCCUGUUGCUUAAGAAACAAGAAUCAGCACUGCGAAUCCAAGUCCCAUGAGUACAACAGUGAAUAUAUGCCCAUGGCAGCAGUGAAUGCAGCUAAAAUCCCAAGAAUUUGA